GUCCAACGCUCCUCGUUUCACCCGACACAUUUUCAGUCAGCGCUUUUGAGCGCGCUCUCAUGCCGGCGCUGCCGUCGUCCACCUCUGAGGGAGAUGGCAUGCUGGACGUGCAGAUCACGGGCGCCGAGGAGCAGUUCACCUUGUCCCUGCACGACGGUCUUCGGGGCAAGGAGCUUCUGACCAUGGUGCGUGAUCGUCUUCCAGUGAAGCCUCGCUGCACUGUCCAGCUCUGGACUGCCGAGGAUCGCCAGGUGAUCUUGAAUCAGACGUUGAAGGAGCAGGGGCUUGGCACUUCCCCGAGUCUUCAGCUCUCCUACUCCUAUGCUUCUUCGGAUUUGUGGCACGCCUUUAAGAUCCUCGAGGGUGAGGUGGUCCGCGAGGUCGACCACCACGCCUUGGACGGCGUCGUCCACGUGCAGUACGCCAAGCACCUGAUCAAGCACGUGACCUUGCCGCCCACGUUAGAAUCCCUUAAAUUUGGGGAUGUCUUUUACCAUGGCGUGGACCGCUUGGCCCUGCCCAGCAAGCUGGUGUCCCUGGCGUUUGGCCGGGACUUCGACCAAGCCCUGGACGGCAUGGUGUUCCCCGAGAGUCUGCGACACCUGACCUUUGGUCGGGAGUUCAACCAAAGCCUGGAAGAGGUGGAUCUUCCAAAGAUGCUCGAGAGCUUGGUAUUUGGAGACAACUUCAAUCAGAGCUUGGACAAUGUGUCCCUUCCGAGCAGCUUGCAAUACUUGACCUUCGGGCUGGAGUUUGACCAGCCACUACAGGAGUCCAAGCUGCCAGGGAGUCUCGUAUCUCUGAUCUUUGGGAACAACUUUAACCAGACUUUGAAUGCGGCGAGGCUCCCGGAAGGGCUGAGGAGGCUGAAGUUCGGGUAUCACUUCAACCAGAAGAUCAUGCCCAGAUCUGGUGGCUGCAUGAGCUUCGGGAAGGCGGUGCCUUUCCUGAGCAACCUGGAAGAAUUGACGUUUGGACGGUCCUACACAGAGGAUUUGAGUCGAAUGACCUUUGCUAGCACCUUGCGAAGCCUGAAGUUUGGAGAUGGCUUCAAUCAGAAUCUGCUGAAGCUGCAGCUUCCAAGCUCUCUCGAGUCUCUUUCCCUUGGGGAAGGCUACAAGCAGGAGUGGAGCAAGGCCGCUUGGCCGUCGGGCUUGCGGAACUUGACGGUGGAACAGAACUUUGUGACCAAGGGCGGCGUGAAGGUCACCUUUCCCGAAGGCUUGGAGAGCCUGUCCUUCGGUGGAGCCUUUAAUCAGAGCUUCGAGAACGUGAAGCUACCGGAGAAGCUCAUCAGCCUGAGCUUCGGCCGUGAUUUCAACAAACCGCUGCAGAGUUUGAGCGCCCUCCCGAGCCUCCAACGCUUGGUCUUCGGCCGCGACUUCAACCAGAAGCUGGACGUGAGCUUACCUCCGACCCUGAAGACCUUGAAGUUUGGCCUGAAGUUCAACCAAUCCCUCGAGGGCAUCGUCUUGCCCCAGACCUUGGAGACCUUGAGUUUUGGUGCCUACUUCAAUCAGCCCUUUGACCUGGAGCUCCCUCCCAACUUGAAGACCUUGGUCUUUGGCGAGCACUUCGAUCAGCUGAUGGACGGGGUCAAACUACCCGACAGCAUCGAGUUCCUGACCUUCGGCGAGAACUUCAACCAAGUGUUGGACAAUCUGACCUUGCCCAAGAAUCUGCAGGAGUUGACCUUUGGCGUUUACUUCCAGCAGAGCUUGGACAAAGUGAACCUCCCGGCCUCGUUGCGGAAGCUGUGCUUCGGCCACGGCUUCAACCGAUCCUUGGAGCACACGGCGUUGCCCUCGGGCCUCGAGGAGAUGUGCUUUGGGGUGAACUUCAACCGGAACCUGGAGGGCACGAAGCUUCCGGCGAAUUUGCAGCGCUUGAGCUUUGGGCGUGACUUUAAUCAGAAGCUCGACAGAGUGGAGCUGCCAGCGAACCUGGAGAGCUUAAAGAUGGGCUUUAGCUUCAACCGAGAGCUGGACAAAGUGAAGUUCCCUCCUGGACUGCAGAGCCUCACGUUGGGGGAAUCCUUUGCCCAAAGCUUGGAGAAGGUCUCUUUCCCUCGGAGACUUUCGGACGAAUGCGGCGGAAACGGUCAUCCAGAGGUUCAAUUUCUGAGCGCAGCGGGAGGAGACUAAGAAAGCUUUUAAUUGAACUUCACCAAUCCGAGGAGAUCAAGAAACGUUCUGUUGUGAAGCAUUUGCAGUAACUCUGGGAAUUCCUGGCCGGGGUUCAGGCAUUUGAUGCAGCGAACCAUCUUGAGUGUAUUUUUGGCCUUAUGCAGUUUGGGAGACCGACACUAGAGCACCGUAUCCACCAGCAAACUAAGAUUCUUGAUGUGUUGUGCUUGGGGCUAUUUCGCUUUGGAGCGAUGAGGCAGACCAACCCAACAUUGAACUGCAUACAUUGAACAACCACUUCAUUAUUAUUAAUUGUUCCUCGGUAUAUACACACAUGGACGCAGUAUAUAUACAUAUUAUAUGAUAUGCGUGCUUAUGAAUUUCAUUCCGACCAGGAAUCAAAGUAAACUUGUGCACAGUUCAUGGGCAGACGACACCAGAAUUUGGCAUCACAAUUCGGUUAACUGUCCAUUCUACCUGCCGAUUUGUGUGUAUGGGUUGUUGGAUGCGCGCAAGCCUGAUAUGCCUUUGAUUCGCCACCAAUGGCUAGUUCAGCCAUCGAACAUUUUUGAAUUGAAUUUCACAAUGUGUGCAACAUGGCCACGGACUUUGAACUGUCAUAGUUGGACUUGGUGGCGUCCUGAAUCGACUAGAAUCAUAGGAAUCAUAGAGUAUGGAACCUGAACAGAGGACCGAUUUCCUUUGAGAAACACUAAACCUUUUUAAGCUCCUCACCGUGGAAAACCUGACCCAAGGCCUGCGUUGCUUGACGCUGUUGGGCCUCAUGUGGCCCAACCUGGAUUCCAACGAUCUUCCGGACUUGGAGCAACUCCACUGUCGUGGCAUCACCUUGGGCUUCCACCCGCUCUGAGCGCGAGCGACGGUGACAACUCCGUCAGCGUGCGGCUGCUGCAAGCUGCUGCGAGCAAGCUGCUUUCUGCAGAGGAGCUUCAAGCUGGCCGUUUUCCGGCUGUUUCUCGCCGGGGCCGGGGUCCUUCCUGAAGGGAAGACUCCCCCGCCCAGCAUGUUCUCUCCCUUUUCAGCGUCUCGUCACCCGUUCGAGACACUGUUUCGGGGGUGAGAUAAUGAAGGGCUGUGGAAUGUCGACUCCGAGUCAGUCCAUUGUGUGAAGC